UUGUAUUCUACUUUUUUCUUUUUCAAUUGGGUUGAUUUUUCUUAAUAAUUUUCAAAAAUCAGACUAUUUCUGAAGUGGGUAUUGUUCAAUCAAUGGUGUUAGGCUUCUUUUACAUUUCAAAGGUGAAUUCUUGCAACUUAGUUCUUGAUUUUUCUUCAAAAUUUUGGUAAAACAAGGCUAUUUUACAAGUGGGUGUUGGUCAGUCAAUGGUGUUAAGCUUGUUUAGGUUACAAAGGAGGAAUCUUUUUGUUAGAACUCUUCAUUUAGGUCAGCAAUUCACAACCCCAAAUACAGAAGACAUCUUAUUCAAAGCAGUUUGUGUGAAUUUGAGGGAAAAGAAAUGGAAAUUCUUGGACCAAAUGUCUUCAACUCUCACAAACUCUGUUAUUUAUCGUGUUUUUCGCGAGUUUCGCAGCUCUCACCAUGUAGUUUUAGAGCUUUACAAGAGAAUUUCAGCUAGUAAAAAUGUGUUGAAUUCUUUGGAAAGUUGUUGCAUUGUGAUUCAUUCAUUGGUGAGUUGUAAAAAUUAUGAUGAUGCUUUGUUCUUAAUAAAAGAGUUAAUGAUAAGUAGAGGGUAUUCACCUUUGGAUAUUUUGCAAGUGUUGUUGGAUACUUGUGAUAAUAGUUUCGCAUGUAAUGCAGUUUUUGAUGCGUUGAUUCGGGCUUGUACGGAGUUCGGGGCAAGUGAUGGUGCAUAUAGUGUGAUCAAGAAGUUGAGGGUGGAGGGUUAUUUUGUUUCAAUUCAUGCAUGGAAUAAUUUUAUGAAUCAUUUAGUUAAAGUAAACGAUGUAUGUCGUUUUUGGUUGAUGUACAAUGAAAUGGUUUCAUAUGGUUAUUCUGAGAAUGUGUAUACCUUUAAUUUGCUUGUCUAUGCUCUUUGUAAAGAAUGUAAAUUAUUAGAAGCUAUUUCCGUGCUAUAUAAGAUGUUGAAGUGUGGGAUAGUGCCCAAUGUUGUUACUUUCAACAUGCUUGUAGACGGCGCUUGUAGAAUAGGGGAACUUGAUAUGGCGUUGAAGCUUGUUAGGAACAUAACAAUCAUGUCGUGGGGAUGUGUGAUUCCUAAUACAAUUACGUAUAAUUGUCUCAUUAACGGAUAUUGCAAGUUAGGAAGUGUAGCAAUUGGAGAGCAAUUUUUGGACGAAAUGAUUGAGAUGGGUUUGGAGCCAAAUAUAAGAACUUAUGCAACAUUGGUCGAUGGGUACUCAAGAAAUGGAAUGCUGGAGGAGGCAUUUAGGAUUUGCAAUGCUAUGGUUGAGAAAGGUUUGAUGCCUAAUUCAGUAGUUUACAACACAGUAAUCCACCAGCUUUAUAUUGAAGGAGAUGUCGAUGGGGCUUACAGUUUACUGUCUGACAUGAUUGAAAAGUAUAUAUCUCCGGACAAAUUCACCCAUUCAAUUCUUGAGAAAGGACUAUGCAGGAACGGUCGUGUAAAGGAAGCUCUUAGUUAUCAUAAGUCUAUUGCGGAAAAGAACCUCGUGGAAGAUGCUUUUUCACACAACAUUCUCAUUGAUUAUCUUUGCAAAAGCCAGAAUACAUUAGGGGCACAGCAACUUGUGUGCAGCAUGUUUGUUCGUGGUCUAAUCCCGGACUUAAUCACAUAUGGUACUAUGAUAGAUGGAUACUGCAAAGAAGGCAAUAUUAAUAGAGCUUUUGAGGUAUAUGACGAUAUUAUAAAGGUGAAGAAAAAUCCCAACUUAGUGGUAUACAAUUCUAUUUUGGAUGGUUUAUGCAAAGAAGUGUCAGUAGAUGUAGCGGAACUGUUGGUAGAGGAACUAAAGGAAACAUCUUUAUAUGAUGUGAUCACUUGCAAUACAUUGUUGAAUGGGUAUUGCAUCAGCGGGAAGAUUGACAAAGCAUUGCAUUUAUUCUUGAAAAUGAGAAAAGAGAGGAUAUCUGUUAACGAAGUCACUUACAAUAUUUUGAUUAAUUUCAUGUGCAAGUUGGGGCUGAUUCAACAUGCAAAAGAACUGAUGUGUCUCAUGAUCACACAAGGUAUUUUGCCGGAUUGCAUAAGUUACACAACACUUCUCACGAGUAUGAAUAAGGAGAGAAGCGCAGAGGAGGUUGUUGAGCUCCACGACUAUAUGGUGCUUCGAGGUGUAAUUCCUGAUGGUGAAACUUAUAGAACCAUUGUUGAUCCACGUAUUAAACAAAUAGGUUUCGAUUUUGAUUGAGUUAUGCUGUUACGAUGAGUAAUGCCAAAUUAUAUCAGCACACGUAACCAUAGAUUAUGUAACUUCUAUCUGAUCAGAAACAGAUGAUAUGAUAUUUUCUGCUGAGGUGGGGUGAUCGUUCCAAUGAAUGCUUUGCACUUUGAGCUAUUUGGAUUGUACGUCCAAAACGUCAUGUUAUACAUUAUCCACAUUGAAUUAACUGCGUAGGAAAUCCCAUUACAUUUUCUUUCGUUUCAAUAUUUAACUAUUACUUAUCCGUUAUGGUGUUGUAUAAUGAAAAAUGUGUUAGAAAUAUUUCAUCAUGCAUCUACGCUUUUUUAUACGGUGAUUAGACCCUAUAACAUUAUUUUUCUCCUUCACAAUCUGUUUGUGUCAGGUACUAGUACAUUGAAUCUUUAGAGAGGCGCUGGACUCAAGACAAGCCAUUACGAAGCGUCAUGAGCCUGGGUCAGGCGACCCAGAAGGACCAGACAUACUACACGCUAAAAAGAGGGUAAAUAAGUCUAUCAUUGUUUGAGAAUAGAACAGUAUCGACAGAAUUUGAUUGGGGGUGUGGUCUUGCCCAAGAAAGGAUGGAAGAGCACCAAUAACACAUUGUAUUGAAGAUAACCCCACUUUUGAUCAACAUCCAUCCUCUCACGUAUUCCCUCAAGCAGCGGAACAUUCAGCGCCCAAGCAGUUAUAUGCUCCAACCUACGUUGUUUAAGUAGCAAGAAGACUUAACUUUAGAAUAUCAACAUUUUCUAAAGAAAAUUCAAUUUUCUCUACACUUCCAAUUUCAAGCACCCCCCCAAAAAAAAAAAAACUAGAUGGGGUUUCCACUUUGUAUUUUCAAUCUAGUAUUUUACUGGCCCAGUGUUACCUGAAGUUUGCUAAGUAUAGCAUGGACAGGGGUGUUCAUGGUU